CCCAGUCACACUCUAUGAUCUGGUUCACUUUUUUAUUUUGUCUGUUGCAAUGGGUGGCUUGUUAUGGCUCUGUUUGGGGCUAGUAGGGAUUUUUGUGACAGCUGGGAGCAGCACAAAGAGGUGUAAAGUGGGUACUGUACUGUGUAAGGAUGGCUCAGAGUGUAUCCAGUACAGCCUUCUGUGUGAUGGAGAACAAGACUGUGCAGAUGGUUCUGAUGAAGAGGACUGUGAAUCUGGAUGUAGAGAAGACCAGUUCCAGUGCGCUCAUGGGAAGAAAUGCAUAGACAAGCAGCAUGUGUGCGACGGUACAGCUCACUGUCAGGACCACUCGGAUGAGCAGCAGUGCAUGAAGCGGACUGAUAACUGUGCUCAUCAGUGUGAUGACAAGAACCGCUGCCUGCCUGCUACCUUCGUCUGUGAUGGGGAGAGAGACUGUCUGGAUGGUACCGAUGAAGCCAGCUGUGAUGGAGACAAGCAAGAGGAGGAAGAGGACAUUACAGUCCCUACAGCUGUUCCUUCUGAACCUCUUCCCAUCAGAUGUCCUUUGGGCUCCAAACUCUGCAGGGACAAGUCAGACUGUGUACACUACAACCACGUUUGUGAUGGAGAACCUGACUGCCGAGAUGGUUCAGAUGAGGAGGACUGCUUAUCAACAUGUGACAGUGACCAAUUCCAGUGUGCCCAUGGAAAGAAGUGCAUUGAGAAGAGCCAGGUGUGUGAUGGCGUACCUCAGUGUCAGGACCGCUCAGAUGAGCUAGAAUGUGCCAAAUACAUGGAGGGCUGUGCUCACCAGUGUGACAAGAGCCGUUGCAUCCCGAGCAGUUUCCUGUGUGACGGGGAACAGGACUGUGCUGAUGGCAGUGAUGAAGCCUCCUGUGCUGAAAAAGAGUGCAGCAGUUCAGAAUUUAAAUGUACCAGUGGCCAGUGUGUGUCUGCCUCCAUGCACUGUGAUGGUCACCCAGACUGCUGGGAUGGUUCAGACGAAGAGAGCUGUGUCAAAGCACCAGUUUGUACCACCAACCACCGCUGUACCCAGAGCAAAGAGUGUCUAUUGCAGGAGUGGAUGUGUGAUGGAGACCAGGACUGCAAAGAUGGCUCUGAUGAGAAGGACUGUCCUGUGGCUCCAGCAGAUUGUGAAGACUUCCAAUGGCAAUGUAGGUCUGGAUCGGCCUGUAUUCCUACAGCUUGGAGAUGUGAUGGCACAAAGGACUGUGAUGACAACAGUGACGAGCAUGAGUGUGGAAAACUAACAUGCCGUCCUCAUGAGUUCCAGUGUGUAAGUAAAGAGUGCUUGGAUCCAGCAUUGGUGUGCAAUGGCAUCACAAACUGUGCAGAUGGCUCAGAUGAGGGAGGAAGCUGCCAGACAAAGUGUCCAGAGGCAGAGCAAACCCGCUGUUCUCAGGGUUGCUACAGCACACCAGAGGGAUCGCGUUGUCGCUGUGAUGCUGGAUACAAGCUCUUGGAGGAUGGGCUGACUUGUGUUGAUGUCAAUGAGUGUGAAGGACGGACACCAGCUGUGUGCAGUCAUUUGUGCCUCAAUACACCAGGGUCAUACCAGUGUGACUGUCAUCCAGGCUUUAUAAUGGAAGCAGGUGGACACCAAUGCAAAAUCACAGGUGAACCAUUUCUAUUGGUGUCAGUUCAAACAGAACUUUAUUUGUUUGGCCUGCGCAGUGGAAGCCUAGAUGUGUUGAAAUCACCAGCUAAGCAGGGAAUUCUGGCUCUUGACUAUGACUGGAGGGAUCAAAAGGCUUUCUGGGUCAGUGGGGACUCAAAGGCCAUAAGAUGGUCUUCACUUGACCAGAAGAGCACAGGAGUACUGGUUAAAGGUGUCCAGGCUAAUUCUGUUGCUGUGGACUGGCUUGGGAGAAACUUGUACUGGAUUGAUAGUGGGAAAAGUAAAAUUUUUGCCAUAAAACUGGCAAAAAUCACAAUGAAAUCCAUGGACAAAACCACCAUUCUGGAUGAAGACCUGGAUGUACCCCGUUGUCUCACUCUACUACCACAGAAAGGGCUGAUGUUCUGGACUGAGGUUGGUAAUAGCGCAAAGAUUGAGCGUGCAGGGAUGGAUGGCUCUCAGAGGAAGGUUGUGGUAAAUUCAAGCUUGAAAUGGCCGGGUGACAUUGCAGUGGACAUAAUUUCUGAAAGGAUCUACUGGACAGAGGAGACACUGAAGGCAAUUGGCUCUGCUACACUGGAUGGUGAUGACAUUAGGAUUCUUCAGAUGAAAAAGAUUACAUAUCCAUUUUCUGUGGCUGUAUUUAAUGACAUGCUAUACUGGUCUGAUGCAAAGCAGCGGAUAGUGCAGGCUGCUACAAAACUCUCUGGUAAAAACCGUCAAAUUGUACUGAAAAGGCCUGGACAACCUGUUGCACUAAAGAUCAUCCACCCAAUACUUCAGAUGGACACUGGAAACCCCUGCAAGAAAAUGGAAUGUUCUCACAUGUGUGUCUUGGCCCCAGAAUCAAAAGCAGUCUGCAAGUGUCCCACUGGUGUCUUGUUGGCCAAGGAUGGCCGUACAUGCUCUAGCUUGGCUACUUCAACUUUCCUGCUGCUGUUGUCUCCCUCUACUGUUACCCAGAUUUACUUGCAGUUUCGUCAAGAGGACUUUAAAGGCUGGCCUGAACACCUGGCUCUGCAUGUUCCCAGUGUCAACAAAGCCACACUCAUGGACUACAGCCAACUUGAACACACAAUCAUGUUGGUAGAUGAUGCCACCAGCUCAAUCAGGUCCUUUAAGCUGAAGGACUCAAUCUUGACAUCCAAAGGCCAGGUCCUUAAGCUGCUUGGUGACACAAUCACUGCCAUGGCUCUUGACUCUGUAACUCUAAAUGUAUACUGGAGCAGCAUCAAGCAGCCACGACUGCAGGUCACCUCAUUCACCGGCGCAUACACGACUGUACUUAUAAAGGAGGGUAUUGGGAGACUGGGCUUCAUUGCACUUCACCCUCCUAGUGGCAGAGUUUGCUUCUCAAAUCUGGGGCUGCAAACUGCAGGUAGCAAGGCUGCAAUAGAGUGCGCUCACAUGGAUGGCACCGAACGAAAAGUUGUGUGGAAGGAUGCCAUUCAGCCUACGUCUCUGGUCUUCUCUAGCAAUGGCGACACCAUUUAUUGGGUUGACACCAAAUUGGGGAUGAUCAGCUCUGCUCACAUUAAUGGAUCAGGAUACAGGGAACUGGAAGCUGCUGAGGGCUUGACUUCUGUGGCAUUUGCUGAGGACACAAUGUUCUGGUUAACUGUUGGGGAUAAGACUAGACUUUGGUACAGGGAAGACCAACAGGAAAAGAAGCUCUGGUUUGAGGUUGACGCACAAGUAGUUGGCUUGAAACUGUACAGCAAAUCCAGUCAGAUCGGUUCCAACAAGUGUGUGCAAAAUGGGAACUGUGAGCACCUCUGCCUUGCCACCCCAGCAGGUCAGACAUGUGCAUGUGCCCAUGAUUUUCUUGUGAAGGACAACAGGUGCAGCCCAGAGCAGAGGUGCCCAGCUGGCAGCAGACUAUGUAUGGAUCAAAUCUCAUGUCAGCCUGUUGAGAAAUUCUGUGAUGGCCAUGUAGACUGUCCUGACCACUCGGAUGAAAACUGUGUUGGUGCUAAACCAGGCUCAGGGACCAAGACCACAAUUUCUUUAAGUCCUCCCAGCUCUGUUCCUUCCCCUGACUCAUCCCCAAAGGCAGUCCCAGAGAGCAGCCCAGACUCUGUUCAACUGAUGAAUCUUGAGGCCCAGCAGUGCAGCCAGAAGCGCUGCAGUGGCAACGGUCAUUGUGUUGACAGAAAUGGUGCAAGUGGAUGCAAAUGUUCAGAAGGCUACAGUGGUGACUCCUGUCAAGAAGCAAUCACAAAAGGCACGCUGGGUCCCAUCAUCUAUGCAGCAGUGGGUCUCUGUGCAGGACUAGUGGUCAUUGCUGUUAUAGCCGUGGUGGUGAAAAAGAGGAGCUCUGAAUCAAGGGCUAGCCCAGAAGCGGCAAAGGAAAUGUGCAUGACCAACUUGGAGAAAAAUGCUGAAGCCACCCCAAGCACAAAAACUGGAGAUGCAGAGAAACCAGAGGAAGUGGUUUCUUCUGAAAACUAAAAUGUAUCAGUUUUAAAUAAAUAAAUUUCCAUGUUUAAGUCAA